AUGGGCGACGCGUUCCAGUCGCAGCCCGAAUUCUUCGAGGUGGAGCUCGGCGAGUCGCUCCUCUCGCGCACAGAGACGCUCGCCUCCUUCCGCGAGCUCGGCCCCCCGGAUCUCGUGCACGUCAUCAAAUCCACCGGCUCCAGCGCACGCGCACGCGACAUUGGCUCGUACCACUACGUCUCGGGCGUAGACGCCUCCUCCUCCGCCGCACUCGCCGCCUACAUCAACUCGCUCACCUACGAGCUCGACCAGAACCCCGGCUUCUUCUCCAGCAAGGCCGCCUACAAGCUCAAGAGCGGCGCCUACUGCUGCUUCAACGCCUUUUCGCGUGUAGACGUGCGCGUAGAGGUGCGCAUCCCCGGCAGCGUAGACGCCUACGUCGUCGACCUUCGCGGAGAGCGCCACGAGACCACCCCCGAAAUCUGGCAGGAGGUCUACCUCUCGGCGCUCCUCCGCGCCAUCCUCUACGCCGACGACGCCAACUACCGCCUCGCAGGAUACCGCAAGCUCGAUCCCAUCUCGAGCCCAGAUGCAGAGCAUCGCUUCCUCCAGGCCGCCGAAAACCUCUUCUUCAAAGGAUGGCAGCUCGGCUCCGACCCCGAGAUUCAGGUGGCCACGGUGGUCUCCAACCACCUCACCGCCGCCAUCCUCAAGUACUUUGGCGACGCAUCGCGGUACGAGCAGGCGGUCAACCUGUUCGAAAAGCUGUGGGCGCGCGAACCCGAAGUCGCCGCCCUCGUCGCACGCUCGUACAUCGGCAUGAACCAGGAGAUCAAGGCGGUCCAGGUGAUGCACAGCGCCAUCCGCGAAACGCCCCAAUCCUACGCGCUCCUCCACGCACAGGUCGACUUCCUGCGCGCCAAGGGCAAGUUCGAGUGGGCGGCCAAGGUGGCCAAGCAGGCGGUCAACUGCGCGCCCUCCGAAUUCGUCACCUGGGCCAAGUUGACCGAGUGCUACAUCGACCUCGAGCAGUGGGAAUCGGCGCUCUACACGCUCAACUCCUGCCCCAUGUUCACCUACAACGAGCGCGAUCUCCACCGCAUGCCCACCCCAGCGCGCAGCCACCUGCCCGUCAAGAGCUUCAUCACCGAAUCCGGCCUCGUCGACGAGGAGAGCGCGCGCGACAACGAGGCGGACGUGGCGCUGCUCCGGCUACCCGCACCCGCGCUGCGCGGCACCUUUGCCAAGGCGUAUGCGCUGCUCGGCCGCCUCGUGAGCGCCAUCGGCUGGGACGAGCUGCUCCGCUUCCGCUCCAACGUGUUUGUCAUGGAGGAGGAGUACCGCGCGCAAAAGGCCGCCGCCGGCACGCACCCCGACGAUUCGGCACACGACGACGACGCAUCGGUGCGAGGCGUGGCGCCCACCGACUCGCCUGCACUCGCCUCGUCCACGCCGCCGCAGCCCGCAACGAAUACAACACACGAAGGCGCCAAGGCGGAUGUGGACGCACAAGACUCGCGCGAGGCGAGCGACGACGAGAUGGACAGCACCGAGCUGGUAGCGGCGGCGACGGCGGCCAACAAGUCGCAGCUGGGCGUCAACGCGGGCGCGAAUGCGUCGUCGCAGUCCAUCCCCACCAUCAAGAUCUCGACCGAGUCGGACCACGAACGCGAGCAAAAGGAGCUCGAAGACUACAUGAACACCAUCAACCAGCCCGGCGGCAGCGGCAGCGGCGGCGAGGGCGAGGCGGCGCGUGCGGCGGUGCAGGUGGAGCCGCCGCCGCUCGAGAAGCCAGCACAGGCGUCGGCGGGGCACGACCGAAGCGAGUCGUCGGCGACGGCGGUGCCUGGCGACGUCUCGGGAGCGUCGGAUGCCAACGGCGGUCGACGCAUGGCGAUUGUCAACGGCGAGCACGAUGCGUCGAUCGCGAUGGCCGAGGCGCGGCAAAAGGAGAAGAACACCGGCUUCUCGUUCCGCGACAAGCGGCUGUGCGAGCGGUGGCUCGACAAUCUGUUCAUGGUGCUGUACGAGGAUCUGCGCGUCUACACGAUCUGGCGCGCCGAGAUCGCGCACUUCCGCGCGCAGAACCUCGCCUACCGCAAGACGGGCACCGAGUGGGAGAUCCUGGGCGAGCUGGCGCUGCGGCUGCUGCAUGGCGACGAGGCGCGCGAGGCGUUCCAGCGGUGUGUGGACGUCAAGUUCUCGGCCAAGGCGUAUCUGCGUCUGCUCGAGAUGUACACCGAGUCGCGCGAUGUGCAGCGUAGUCUGUGGACCGCCAUCCGUCUGACGGCGUAUCACCACCGCUGGUACAUGGAGGGCAGCUUCCCCGGUGCGGUCGCCACGUCGCUCUUCAAGUUGAUCCGCACCGAGGGGUUGGCCAAGGUGUCGUAUACCUUGGUCUCGAUGAGCCCGCCCCAGCCGAUUCUCAAGCUCAUGCAGAACUACUUUGCCUAUGCCACCGCCUUCAAGGUGGCCGGCUACGACUUUUAG